GCGCAGCGACAGCCGGAGCUCAGCGCUUUGCGGCGCUCAGGAUGCGGCUUCAUAUCUGACUCCAGGUGCGGCGGCCGGUGCGACAAGCCACAACGGAGAACGGAAAACAUGGUCAGCGACAAAAGGGUCCACCGCCUUACAACCAGAGGAGAGAUACAGGGUUUGUGCCUUCUGCUGCUUUACAUCAGCCCUCUCUCCUGCUUCUCAUCGCUCAUCUAUAAGAUAAAAGAAGGCUUACCCAAGGGGACUUUAAUAGGGGCCAUUGGCACAGACUUAGAUUUGGAUUUCUCCGUUGAUCCCCCUCUUUUAUUCAAUCUGGCGCAAAAGGAGCUCAACGAGCAGUAUGUGACGCUGAAUAAUACCACGGGGGAGCUAUUCACGUCUGCAGUGCAGAUGGACCGAGAGAGCCUGUGCGCGGAGCGGGGCGAGGGUCAGAGCUGCUCGCUGGCCCUGGACGUGUUCAUCCUGCCGCAGCAGUACUUCCAGCUGGUCAAGGUCAGGGUCCUGAUAGAGGACGUGAACGACAACCGGCCGCGCUUCCCGUCGGACGAGAUCCGCGUGACGGUGCCGGAGAACGCGCCGGUGAACGCCCGCUUCGCCGUGGAGCAGUCGGCCGUGGACCCGGACCUGGGCGUCAACAGCGUCCAGACGUACUGGCUGGCCAACGACUUCGGGGUGUUCACGCUGGACGUGGAGGAGAACGAGGGGGGCGAGCUCACGCCCUUCCUCAUCGUCACCGAGGCGCUGGACCGCGAGCGCCAGGCGGAGUACGUGACGGACAUCAUCGCGGAGGACGGCGGCUCGCCACCUCGCCUGGGGAACGCCACGCUCCGGAUCGUCAUCUCGGACAUCAACGACAACUGCCCCAAGUUCACCGAGGCCCAGGUGAACGCGACCGUGUACGGGAACGCCACGCGUGGCACCCAGUUGGCACGGCUCCACGCCUUCGACUCGGACCUGGAUGCCAACGCGCAGAUCACCUACACCUACAGCGAACGAGUCUCCCGGGACACCCGCAACCUUUUCCACCUCAAUCGGACGAGCGGGGCGAUUAAACUGGCGGGGAAAAUCGACAGCAACACCGCCAAGCUUUACAAGAUGACCGUGCUGGCCAACGGACCGGCCUGCAUCCCCGACGUGGCGGCGGUGACCGUCCACGUGGUCAAGGUGCUGUCGGGACCGCCGCUGCUCGUCCCGCGCUACAUCGCGGCGGAGAGGGACGGCGUGGUGUCGCUCAAGGAGUCCGAGCCGGCGUUCACGCCCGUCGCCUUUUUCACGGUCAAGAACUCGGACCCGCGCCAGAGGGUGGAGUGCCUGCUGGAGGGCUCGGGCCCGUUCAAGCUCUCGCCGUACGAGCGCUUCAAGAACGAGUACCUGCUGGAGACCACCGAGCCGCUGGACUACGAGACGCGGCGGGAGUACGAGCUGACCGUCGUGGGCCGCAGCGUCCACGGCGCGGUCAUCAAGACCGUGGUGAGGGUCCAGGUGGAGGACGAGAACGACAACGCGCCUGUCUUCAAGCAGCCCACGCUGGAGAUCUUCGUCGAGGAGAACAACGCGCCCAACACCUUCCUCGCCCAGCUGCAGGCCACCGACGCCGACAGCGGCAGCCGAGGGCAGGUGAUCUACCUGCUGGGCUCCGACGCGCCCACCAUCUUCCACCUGGACGCGCAGGUGGGCGUGCUGACCGUCACCACCUCCCUGGACCGCGAGGAGAAGGAGACGUACCGGUUCAUGGUGCGCGCGGUGGACCACGGCUCGCCGCGGCGGGAGAGCAUCGCCGCGGUCGUCAUCACCGUGCAGGACCGCAACGACAACAGCCCGCGCUUCAUCAACAAGGACUUCACCUUCUUCGUGCCCGAGAACUUCCCGGGGUUCGGCGAGAUCGGCGUGCUGUCGGUGACGGACGCCGACGCCGGCGAGAACGGCUGGGUGGCGCUGUCCAUCGUCAACGGCAGCGACAUCUUCGUCAUCGACACGGGGCGCGGCGCCCUGAGGGCCAAGACGUCGCUGGACCGCGAGCAGCAGGGCACCUACUUCCUGUCCAUCCUGGCCGUCGACGGCGGCAAGCCCACGCUCUCCUGCGAGACCGUGGUGACCGUGCUGCUCCUGGACGUCAACGACAACCCGCCCAUCGUCCUCUUCCCCCAGUCCAACCAGUCCUACAUGCUGGUGCUGCCCAGCACCUUGCCGGGCACCUCCAUCACCGAGGUCUACGCCGUGGACCGGGACACGGGCAUGAACGCCGUCAUCGCGUACAGCAUCGUCAAACGUCUGGGCGGCGAGCCGGGCUCCUUCGACAUCGACCCCAACACGGGCAACAUCACCCUGCGCAGGACCCUGAGCGACCGCGGCCUCUACAGCCUGCUGGUGAAGGUCAGCGAUCACGGGCAGCCCGAGCCUCUCCACUCCACCAUCAUGGUCAACCUGUUUGUCAACGAGACGGUGAGCAACGAGAGCUACAUCCAGAGCCUGCUGCUGCGGCAGGCCGAGAUCGAGAUCGAGGAGAGCAUCGGGCCGCGGGAGUCCCACCAGUGGAUCCAGGACAGACGCGUGUUCCCAUGCCAACCGGUCCUGAUUGCACUGUCGGCCACCUGCCUAGGACUGUUCAUCAUGGUGGUGUCGCUGUCUGUGUACAUUAGCUGCAGAAAGCUCCGGAAACAUAGAAAGAAACGACCGGAGGUGGAAAUCCCAUUAAAAAUGAAUAGUGACAUGCAGCUAGUGGAUCGGAAACGCAUGGAGAUUUCCAACAUAUGAUUUUUUUCUCUCUCUCUCUGCAUAGACACUUUCUACCGUUUACAAACACAUCCUGACAGAAAAGAGAAGGAGGGACUGAGGAAAAUGGACAUUGUUUACACACUGCUCAAUGUAAAAGUUUUCAAUUGUUUCCCACAGAGGACAAAUAGUCCAAAGCCUAAGCUGUAUAUAUUGUAUAUAGAAUGUUUUAUAAUUUUAUGAGAAAAUCUUUUAAUUGAAGAAAAAAAUAUCUUUAAGAGUAACUAAUAUUUUGACAUGAGAAAGUGAAGCUUGUAUUGUCUCUAUGAUGAGGGUUCUGACAAUAUUUCCCGUUGUCUAUGGGCAAUCCUUGUCAUGGUCUUUGUCACCCCUUGACAUUAUUCUUUGACCAAAACAGAAUAUAUUCAACUCAAAAUGAAAAUCUUCAACUAAAUUGAAUUUCAGUUGUCGACACACAACUCUUUUCUGGAAUUUCAGUAGCUACUCCUUUCAACACGAAGACAAAACUGCUGUUGUGCUGUGACGUGACAUGUUGGUGACAUAUUUUGUUUCUCAGGUGUUAGAGACGCUUUGUUUCCCACACAUGUGUGGACUCUGUAGGACACAAGUUCAGAGUCAUACUUGGCUGGCACGCAAAGAGCUCUAAGUGCUACACAGUGCUUUGCUAUGUGCUACCGCUUGCUUCCCUUCACUGGUUUUAGCCCCCCCCCCCCCCCCAGUCUCUUGUCAGGUUUGUCAGACUCCUCCCUCACUUUAUGUUUUUAUUUUGCCCAAUGGUAAAUUCUCACUCAUAACACAAGUGGCUCUGUUUGUAUGUGUCAAUGGAAUUAUGUAUGACUAUUAAAAGUGCUUUA